AUGAAGAAAACUUUAUUCCCAUCUGAACACGCCUCAAAAACUAAACUGCCACACAAAGCGCUCAAUUCUUUCCAGCACCACAGAGAAUAUGUUGACUCAAAUCCAACAAAACAAUUUUUACUUUAUGAGAAACUCGCGCGAAAAAAGGAAAAGCGACAAGCAGUCUAUGAAUUUCCUUCAGCUUUGAAACAACGACGACAACACGACAGCCAAGAACUGCAAUAUUUUGAAAAUAUUUACAUCGCUGACUGGAAAUGUUUUACCCGAUAUCUGACUAGGGGAGGAUUAAGACCUGAAUUGUUUAAGAGUCUUCUUCUUAAUUACAAGAAAAAUAAACCUUCAUGUCUUCACAGUCUUUAA